AUGGUAAAAGACAAUAUUAUUCACAUCGCACUAGAGCAUGAAGAUGAGAACAUGGUACAAUGCUUUUUAGAUACCUUCAGAGGAACCUGCAACGAUCUUGUAACACAGAAAGACGUAGAUGGCAACACAACUCUCCAUUUGAUGGCUGCUUCCAAUCUCAAAAUGCCUCAACUCAUAAAUCAUUUUAUGGCAGAUAAGGCGGCCUUAAACAAGCAAAAUUGCACUCCCCUAGACAUGGCACCUAGAAAACAUGGUGAUUUAUGGAUGGCACUCAGCAGAGCUGGGAGUACUUCGAGCUUUCAAAAAGUGAUGAGCUGCCGUCAAAGCGAGAUAAAGAAAGUUACCGUAGAGAAAGAUUUGUUAGCUCAAGAGAAGGAAAAACUAGCAGAGAUGAGGAAAACAUUUGACACCAAUAUGAUAGUGGCUGCAGUUAUAGCCACCGUACCGUUUACGGCUGGAUUCACCAUGCCUGGUGGCUACAACGAAAGUGGCACUCAAAAUCCAGUCCCAGGAAUGGCACUGCUAUCACAAAAAAUCUGCUUUUCAAGCAUUUAUGCCAUUUUAGCGAUGAUGGUUGCAUUUAGUACAACAACUUAUGUGGUGUUGGAACAAUCAUUGACCCUCGCAAUCACCACCUGCGUUGUUGGUGUCAUCUCUAUACUCAUUUCUUUUUUAUUGCGUUGUAAAUUUAUGUGGUAA